AUGAAAGCACUAACAACAAAUAAAGGUGUUUGUGAUAUUGAGAGCGCAUUUUAUAUUUCAAUCGGGAUCGCAGUCAUAAAAACUAUAAACGGAAGUGACGUCCUUAGAUGCCAAAAUUGUUUAAAAAUGGCAGGUCCUCAGAGCAGAGUAGCAGGUGGUGGCUUUUGGAGCCAACCACAAGCACAAUAUAGCGCUAGUACUCACAAAUUACUGAAAGAAAUGAUGCAGGAGUCAAAAUUAACAAAUUUUCAACAAAGACAUCUUGAGAAAUCUUUAAGAAGUGGUGGUUCACUGCCAACAGAAUGUGCCCCAACAAGCAGCGCAAAGAAAAAACCUGCACCAGCCCCAAAGAAGGAGUCAAAAGUAUUAAGUGUCAGAAACUACAAACCAGUAUUAAGAACAAAAGAGCAAAUGGAGGAGAUGGGUGCCUUUGAGAAACCAGAUUACUCGCCAUUACCGAAUACAAGUAACUACUUUAAUCAGUCAAACAUAACACUGGCAAACAUCAUGGCAUUUGGAGAGGACAUCGACCCAAAGAAGAAGAAAGCGAUGAACCAUCCACCUCCUUCAGACUAUGAGGAACCAGAAAUUGACAGAUUCGAUGAAUGUAAUUAUAAAAUUCGUGAGAUGGAGUUAAUUGACAAGAAGAGGACGGCAGAGCUGGAGAGAAUGAUAGAGGAGGAGCAGAAAGGAAAGCAGUCCUCAUCGUGACCAUGUCUUCCAGUCUCCAACAGGUGCUGGAUAAAACAGAGCAGUGUGUAUAGAUUGUUAUAGGAUUGUACACAGCUCAGGAGAGGAACAUUGGUAUAAUGUAAUGUCUCUCCAGACAAAGAAACUCCAUGUGAUGUGACCAUAUGAUAAUCCUCAAUAACUACCACAAAGUGGAUUGCAGUAUCUCAAUAAAUGAAUUCAGAGUGCUGUAGUAUAGGAUGCUGUGGACAUAGUGUAAUAACGAGGAAUUAUUAUUUUGUUACCAGAACAACAGCAGAUCAAAAUGGACUGUUUCUAAUGUACACUUACACAAAAACUUACACUUGUAGGUUGUUGUAUGUUGCAGUAUAUAAACUUUGGUGUGCAAGAAUGCACAAAGUCAACAAUAUUCAUUUUAAAUAUGUAUAUAUUUUUUAUUAUUAUUUAUUAUAUUUGGCAAACAGUACUAGUACACAUGUAUAUUAUUUUCUGAACUUGUUUUGUUUACUUCAUCCAGUAAAAUUUUUAAAUAUAAAUUCUAGCUUCAUGCAUGAGCAGCACAAUUGCAAAUCUCAAUGAGUACAAGGAAGAAG